UACCGACCGACUUGCUCCUGCUUUGCUAGCCUGUCCAUGGAGAGUAGACGAUGCCUCCGCCUGCUUGCUCUUCUCGGCUUCAUCUUCCUCCAGCUCUUCACCACCAACACUAGCAGCUCCAGCCCAAACAACGACUUCCACGUGCUCCAAUCGCUCAAAAAAUUCAUAAGUAAUGACCCCAUUGGUGCUCUGUCUUCCUGGAAUGAUCUCGACAACAGCACCAUCAAUGGUACCCACAGUUUCUGCACAUGGACUGGGGUGACGUGUGGCGGUCGUCACCGCCGCGUGAUCGCCUUGCGCCUGCCAGGAUUUGGCCUAGUCGGCACCUUGUCACCACACAUAGAGUGUGGCUUGGGAGUUGUCAUUUCAACCGAGGGUGAUGUAUUCAGCUACGGCGUACUAUUGCUAGAGAUUCUUACUGGACGAAGGCCAACAGACAAUUCAUUUCAUGAUGAUAGAAGUCUUCCCAAGUUUGUCGAGAUGGCCUAUCCGGAUAAGCUAUUGGAAAUAAUGGACCCAACGAUGCCACACAAUGGAGACGAACAAGACAUCAUAGAUUUGUACAUUGCGCCCAUUUCAAGACUUGGUUUGGCUUGUUGUAGAGACUCUCCAAGGCAGCGGCUGAAGAUGGGUGAGGUGGUGAAAGAAUUGAGCGCCAUAAAGAUAGUAUGGGAGCGCAAAUUCAGUCCGGUUGCUGAUCCAUAAGGCAAGUGGUUAGCACAUGAUCAUCUGUCACAGCUCCACCAGUCCAGCAUCGAUCUAGUACCACUAGUGCUAGCACUGGCUUUUGUUAACUUAAACAACAUGCAGUGAUCAAGAUUCCGUCUGACAUUAUGUCUAAAGAAUAAGCAUUUGCCUAAACUUCAUUCUUCCAAUUUGUAAAAAAAAAAUGGCAUUUUCUGUCAUCAGGAAAAGGUCAUUUGAAGUUUGUACAGGGCCUUUAUUAAGAAAAGGAUAUAAACACUUAUAUUUGGCUCUUUUUUGUUUUC